AAGGCUUGAUAGCAGGUUGAUAAAGUGAGUUCUCUGGUUAACAAUUGCAGUGGGAGAAGAGUUAUUAGCAUAUAAAAUAACCUAGCUCAGGGCAAGCAAGUCAGUUCCUGUACUUCAUGUACAGUGGGUGGUUCUAACUCCGCAGUGCUAAACACACCACAAAGCAGUCAGUCUCCACACGCAAAGAACUGGAGUGGAAGGCGAGAGAUAAGUGGAUAUUGCCUUACCACAGUUGCUGUACUUUGAAUGCCAAAAGGCACUUCUGCCACACUCCAGCGAAACAGAGAGGAUAAUCGUGCUCCACUAUCAAAGAAUUCAACAGCUCUGGAAAUCGAGGUGGAAGAAGGUUGAAUGACUUGUCAACAUUACCAACUUAGCUACUGUAUGAAGAACACAAAAUACCGGAGGCUUGCUGGCGAACGAUGGGGAGAUUUUCUGCCAUUGGUGCUUGCAAGAUGGAACUUGCUGUGACCAGGGCAUUUCUCAAAAUGAGGAUUUAUCCAUUAAAUGAAUAUCCAAGUUGUUGAGGUUGAUAGAACAAAAAUCUGAAGAUGUCUGUGCUAGACACCAGGACUUCAGAGAAUAAGAAGGUUACCAACAAGAUGAUUUUUGACUUCCAACAAAAUGCACCAUCAGACAAUGACUCUGGCUGCGCCCUGGAAGAGUAUGCAUGGGUUCCCCCUGGACUCAAACCCGAGCAGGUGCACCAGUAUUUUCGCUGUCUACCUGAAGAGAACAUCCCAUAUGUCAACAGCAUUGGAGAGAAGUUCCGUAUCAAACAGCUCCUGGAACAGCUUCCUCCCCAUGAUAAUGAUGAGAAGUACUGCCAAUCACUAAGUGAAGAAGAGAAGAGGGAGCUGCGUGUCUUCAGUGGUCAGAGGAAGAGGGAAGCACUGGGACGUGGAAUUGUUCAGGUGUUUCCUUUAACUGCCACUGGAGCACUCUGUGAAAAGUGUGGUGGGAAGAUAAAUGGAGGGGACGUUGCUGUCUUUGCUCAGAGAGCUGGGAACCGCACGUGUUGGCACCCUUACUGCUUUGGAUGCACCACCUGUCAGGAGCUGCUUGUAGACCUCAUUUACUUUUACCAGGAUGGGAAGCUAUACUGCGGCAGACACCAUGCUGAUCUCUUUAAACCACGCUGUGCAUCAUGUGACCAGUUGAUCUUUGCUGAAGAGUGCACAGAGGCAGAAGGCAGAUACUGGCAUAUGGACCACUUCAGCUGUACAGAAUGCGAAGCAAUUCUCGGAGGACAGAAAUACAUUAUGAAGGAAGGGCAACCAUAUUGCUGCGGCUGUUUUGAGACACUUUACGCUGAAUACUGUGAAACCUGCAGAGAGAUAAUUAGUAUUGACUAUGGGCAAAUAACAUUCAGUGGUCAGCACUGGCACGCAACCAACUCUUGCUUUUCAUGUACUCAAUGCAAGAAGCCUCUCUUAGGCUGUAGCUUCACCUCCCGGCACGGUCAAGUCUUCUGCUCGAUAAUGUGCAGCCAGGUGGAAGAACCUGCUGGCUCAGAUUCCUCAGACUCUGCUUUCCAGUCAACGCAGUCCCAAGAAUCCAGUUGUGUUUUCAGCCUUGGAGAAGACCCAGCGGCCAACAAUGCUUCACCCUCACAAAAUUGGCUCUGCAACCAGACCACUCAAAGACUGUCAGGGGACAAUGUAGACUGUGUCCUUCAACGUGUCGACGUGCUCAGUAUCGAAGACCGAGCAACAGACAGCGAAGAUCAUCUUGUGCCCGAGUUCAUGAUGCCAUGCAAGAGUCCCGUUAAACUUCCGAACUGGCAGACAGAGUUGUUGGAAAAGGACACAGAGCUUCGAAGCGAGAUAAAGACGCCAGAGGUUUGGGCGUCAGAGAAUGACAACCUCACAAAAGACAAAGGCUGUGAGUUAGAAAUUGUGACCUACAGCCAAGAACCCAGCAAAAGAAACGAUCAUUCAGCACCAUUGUGUAAUUUUAAUUGGCUAAAGGGUGGACUUGAAAAUGCCAUGAAAGUCAUUGACAACACGUCUAUAACUAAUAACGGGCAUGAGGUUUGGCCUGUGGAGGACCAAAGAAUAAAGAAAACAGUGGCUGCAGAGACUUUGGCUCUUGAUCAAAGCUUGGCUUUCAAACAUAGGCUGGACAUGUACUGCAUUGAACAGGAAGGCCAACCACUGGGUGUAUUGGAUAGUCCCACUGAAUCGUCUUGGAACAAACAGAAUCAAUGGCAGGAUAUUCACGUCAGUUCGGAACACCCUGCACAAGACCAGGAAGCAUCACCUCAGAGUUUGACAGACCAGAUGACAGAGCAGAGAAUUGGAAGGAGCCAACAAGAUUCCUUAGCAAUGAUCCAGACUGCAGGGACUUCCAAUGAAGGCAAGCUGCAAAAACCACUCAGGCCUGACCAAGAAUACAACCAUGAGGCAGAAAAGGGAUUUGAAAUGCAGAGCAAGUUUGGAAUCCUUAAAUCUUUCCCUCAUAAAAGAAGCAUAGAGUUCCUCCAUUCCUUGAACUCCAAGCAACCAGAGGGCACCGCACAAAUGUCAAAGUGGAAGCAAGAGUCCCUGUCUCCAGUGAGGAGGACUGCAGCCCAAAUUAGACCCCAGCAAAUCACAUUUUGUGAUACCGCUUUUUCAAAGCCCAAGGGAAGAUCCAGGUGUCACCAGACACCCAUGAGCGAGCAAACUCGAAGGAAGGUUUACAGGCAUAAAGGCAACUACCGUAGCCACCGCCAUCACUCCAGAAGAGUUCAGAGAUCAUGCUCAGAUGAGGCUCUUCACACGAUCACCGAGAGGUCUCUGGAGAGUAAGAAUAACAAUACUUUCUUGGAGCAUUACAACCAGCUUGUACAUACAGCCACAUGCCAGAAGCCCCAAGCUAAGCGCUCCCAUAACCAACAAGCCAUUUAUAGGGAAAGCAAUAGUGGCCUUCAGAACAUCACUUUGAAUCACUUCCUUGGCCUAUGCUGUGAAGAUGACGAUGGCUGCUGCUCAACAUGCUCCUCCUCGUCCUCUGAUUCCGAACAGGAGGGCUAUUUUCUAGGACAACCAAUCCCACAACCCAAAACGAGCAGUGCUUGCCGUUUGCGGCAGGAGCCUUGUCAAUCGAAUGCCGCGCCUGACAUCAUGAUGGCACAGAGUGCCAAAUCACACAGGAAGAGAGAGCACAAGAACAAAAACUGCACCGUUUCCUAGGCAGCCUCUUCAACGCCAUUCCGAAUGAGUAUUUACACCUGGCACUGAAUUAGAUAUUCCAGAAUCAAAGAUGGGUUUUAACGGAUUGUUUUUCCUGGUGACUUACAAAAGCCUUGUUUUGAUGACAAUUUCUCCCCCAUGUACGCUGGGUGCAGUUCCAUUGCUGGACUAGUUUCUCAUUGCCAAUAGCUGUGCCCUGGUACCAUGCUUAGCCAGUCAGUGUGUAAGUCUGGACAAUAACUGUAGCACACUGCUCUGUCACCAGGAGAUUAUGAGAGUUACAUAGAGACAGUGCAGCACUAAACACAAAGCACAGAAAUGGAAUGUUGGCUGAUUCACUGCACCCUGGUGCCAGCAAUAGUGAUACUAUUGUACUACCAUCCCAACUGGAAACAGCUAAAUCAGUGCAGCAGGAAUUGCAUUUGGGACUUCCUGCUCUGUACGCUAAUUUCACCAACUGCACCAUUGGUUCUUCAAUCCCGUUAAUCAACACUUUUGAUUUAAUUACCAAGUCAUUUUCAAUCGGGCUGUACAAGUCAGUAUUCUCCAUCUACAUCCGUUCCAUUAAAACUCAGUUAAGGUCACAUUCCCUAUGUAAUCAACCCUACUGUUAUUCUUCGGGCAAAGACACCAGGGUCAUUUGUGAUGCCCGCAACAGUCCAGUAGCUUGCCAGCAUUGCCUGCCAAGGUGAUGUAUCAGCGUGUUCAUGUAUUACUUGAAGCAAAACCCUGCAGAUGCUGGAAACCUGAAAUACCAAGAAACAGAUGGGGAAAGAUGAUAAAGUUAAAACUUCACGUCAAUGAAAGGCCAGCAAACUCUCUUCAUCAAUGCCAAGUGUAUUCAGGAGUUUCUGUUCAUCAAUUCUGAUUUUAUCCAAACGUUACCAUUCUCUAGGUCAACUCGUCAUUCCAGAAGCUGCAACAUUUAAAACACACUAAGCUGGUUUAAAUUUGUGAGCUCAACUCCCCAGUGGGCAUGGAGGCCUGCUCCUGCCAAAUGAUUGGAGGAAUGGGGUGUAAUGUGUGCAGCCUCUGAGCCAUUUGCCCAUUUCAUCCCUAAUCAAUUUGACUAACAAACCAUCACUACUGGAUCUGCAAUGACCCUAAAGAUGACAUUGCUGAAAAUUCUGUAAAUAAAAAUAUCAUACUUCACAGAUUUACUUAUAAAAAUCAUUUUAUAUACACUUUCUAAACAGCAUAUGCACAUUUAAAGACUGUGGAUGUUAUUUAUGCUCCCUAGCUGCACGUAUAAGCUGAACAGAAAAUGUUUUAAUAUUUCAAGUGUCACACACACUUAUUUACAGAAGAAACUGUAAGAAUUUGUUGUAAUCUGAUGUCAGAAUGACAAUAAAAUGGUUGUAAAAA